AUGGAAUAUUUUCAAGAUGAUCUAUAUCCUGAUGCCAAGGUUACCUGGCAACCAGUCAUGAACAGUUGUGAAUGGUUAUGUGGAGAAAAUAAACAACCAGCAUUGAUUAGUUUGAAACCAGAAGGAAUGAAACCAUUGAGUGAAGCACCUAAAGCAGUGCCAGCACCCAAGAAAUAUGAAAGUUACAAUGAAUUAGAAUAUAAAUCUGAUGACCAGAAAAAACAAGAGUUACUUGAUGCAAUGCACGUAAAGCUUGCUGCCAGAGAAGAUGAACCUCUACCACAGGAUCUCAUGGAAGGAGUGGAAGAUGAUGAAUGGGAUGACUAUUGAAUGCUGAAAGAUUAUUGAUGCACACAUUAUUAUCUACCAAGAUCUCAAGACUGGCACCAAUCAUAGUGGUCAACAUCAAAAAUGUUGAUUGUUAUUUAUUUCCUCCACUGACUGUAGGCUGACAUAUGUUAACGGGACUCUCCUUUCUUCACUCCAAAUUAUAAUGAACCCAAAUAAUAAUGGUCUAUUUUGCUGAAAGUUGAAGUUUUUUGAAAGAUAUGAGAUGUCUAAGUCAUUCAUGACAACAGGAAGAUGUUGUCGUGGAAAUCUAGAUGAUAGACAUCUUAUUAGUAUGAAUUGAUAACUCCUCCUUCAAGCUGAUUUAGUCAGUUUGUUAUUUAUUUUAUGGGUAUACUAUAUCUC